CCAUCUCGCCUCCCCCUCCCCCGAAAUCCCCAAAUCGCCGCCUCCCCCCGAUCCGCCGCCGCCUCUCCCGAUUCGCCGCCGCCGUUGACCCGCCACCUAUGGCCUCAGGGCCGCCGUCGUCGCCCUCCAGCAAGGCGUUCUCCCGCAAAUCCCACGCCCACGCCUCCGGCCCCAACUCCUCCAAGGCGGCGGCGGCGGGCGGUGGCGGCGGGGGUGUCGCGGCGGCCUUCGAUGCUCACAACGGGACGCACGUCCGCACCGUCACCUUCUCGCUGUCGUCCUCGCCGGCCGCCCGCAGGGAGCUCCGCCGCCGGCUCACCGCCGAGCUCGCGCAGGUGCGCGCCACUUGCAAGCGCCUCAGCUCCCUCCCGGCCCCCGCGCCUUCCUCCGCGCUCUCCGCCACCGACCCUUCCACCCCGCUGCCCCCGCACCCGCCGGUCUCCAAGCACAAGUCGAAGAAGGGGAACCCCUCCUCCAACCCGGGCCUCUCCGCGGAGGCGCGGCGGAAGCUCUACGCGCCCGUGUUCAAGAGCUGCGGCGCGCUGCUCGCUAGGCUGAUGAAGCACAAGCACAGCUGGGUGUUCAACACGCCCGUCGACGCCAGCGCGCUUGGCCUCCACGACUACCACACCAUCAUCACCAAGCCCAUGGACCUCGGCACUGUCAAAUCGCGGCUGGCCGCUGGGCACUACAAGUCGCCGCGGGAGUUCGCCGGUGACGUGCGCCUUACCUUUCAGAAUGCCAUGAGGUACAACCCCAAAGGGCAGGAUGUGCACUUCAUGGCGGAGCAGCUGUUGAACAUGUUUGAGGAGAAGUGGCCAGAAAUUGAGGCCGAGGUAGCACAGCUGUCACCACAGCCGCCAACGCCAUCAUCGGCUGCACCCAGGAAGCCGAAGGAGAUAGAUAAUUCUAAGGUGUUAGAGAGGUCGGACUCAACAGUACAUGCUGCGGGGAUGGAGGCCACUCCAAAGCAGAACACUGGUCGGCCCCCAGUUUUAAAGAAGCCCAAGGCAAGGGAGCCUAAUAAGAGGGAGAUGACCUUCUGGGAGAAGCAGCGGCUUAGUAAUAAUCUCCAGGAGUUGCCACCAGAGAAACUUGACAAUGUUGUGCAGAUUAUAAAGAAGAGAAACUUGUCACUCAGCCAGCAUGAUGAUGAGAUUGAGGUUGAUAUAGAUAGCUUUGAUGUUGAGACAUUAUGGGAGCUCGAUAGGUUUGUUACAAACUACAAAAAAAGUAUAAGCAAGAACAAGCGGAAGGCUGAGAAUCCCGUGGCAGGGCAGGAUGAGAUGAAUCAUGAUAUAGAGCUAGAGAAGACAGAGCAUGCAAGGUUGGAUGAAGUAGAGCAGGAUCAGAUGCCUCCAGUACAAGAGACGUUACAUAAUCCUGAGCCAGAAUCAAUUGAUAUCGAACCACCUAAAGAAAACACAGCAGAUGAUAAUGAGAGGUAUGUAGGCUCAUCAUCACCUGUUCAUUUGGAAGAUCAGAAGGGGGAGAAUGCGGGUAGAUCAAGUAGUUCUGGAAGUUCUAGUAGCGAUUCAGGCUCUUCGUCUAGUGCAUAUGCAGAUACAGACACAGAUAGUUCAUCAGCAGAUGGCUCUGAUGCUGCACAGUCACCCAGAACGUAACAUCUAUAGGCCAGAUCUUGAUGUCAAGCUGGAAAGUUCACCGACAAUUCUGGCAUGAUAUCGUCAGCGAGAUUCAAUGCUGUCUUGUAAAUUUUGGCUAUGUAGGAAGUCUAACCAAACCAAUGCUUUUGUGUCCAUCUCGCUGUCUGUUUUAGACUCAUAGUGGGUGCCAUAAAAUGCACAUGCAUUUCAUGCGUCUGUACCAUUGUUUGCAGUUAUGUACUUAUUGUAGAGUGCUGCGUUUACCCUAAUCAUUGAGCUGGAAAUUAUCUAACAUUGGAUAGAAGAAACCUGCACAUUGGGGGAAGCAAGACAACCGGUGAAGACCAGACCAGGAACCUGGAGGCCCCACCCUAUUGUAAUAUUGUAAAAUUGCUAUAGUAGUUGGGUAAUUUCAGCUGUGUUGGAUUACCACGGAUAAAAUGAUCUUGCUCUGCUUGUUGUAAGAUUUCUGCACAGUCACGUUUGCUCUGGAACUUUGUCUUAAUGAUGAUAGAUAGCCCCUGUCCUUUCCGUUU